UGCCAAAUCCCAAUCGCUUUUAAAUUAGAGAUUUUAUUUAUCGUCCGCCUUCCGACGCGCAGCUGCCUCGCUGCCCCGGUGCUGCUGCUGCUCCCCUCCCGCCCCGCCGACGCCUCCGCCGAUGGACCGGGAACAAGGUAAGGCAGCGGCGAGCCUGCCGGAUUUGGGAGCGACCGUGGCUAAUUCUGGGGACGAUUCCCGUUGGUGUGCAGUGACGGAGUUCCUGGGCCAGGUGCCGCUCCUGCAGUGCCUCCCCGGCUCCUCCAUCCGCAGGAUCGCCGAGGCCGUCCAGGUCAAGCACUACGAACCUGGUGAUUAUGUUGCCCGUGAAGGUGAACCCGUAGAUGGCCUUUGCAUCAUAUUGGAUGGGCAGGCUGAAGUUUCUGCUCCUGCAAACACAGAAGAAGCAAACCGUCCAGACUAUGUCUUAAAUAAGUAUGACUACUUUGGUUACGGGACCAAUAGUUCUGUACAUCAAGUAAAUGUUAUUGCGGUGACAAAGCUGUCCUGCUUUGUAUUGCCAAGUCAAUAUGGACAUCUGCUGCAAACCAAGACAAUUUGGAAUGCAGAAGAAACACCUGAAAGCCAUUCAUUGAUGGAACAAAUUUUACAUUUAGAGAAAUUAGAGGUUGAUAUCUUUCGUGGAUUUACUUUGCCAGAAGCUCCAACUUUUAAUCAAGUUUUUGGAGGACAAUUGAUUGCGCAGGCACUAGCAGCAGCAUCCAAGACUGUCGAUUGCCUGAAACUUGUGCAUAGUCUGCAUGCAAUUUUUCUAAUAGCAGGAGACAAUAAUAUGCCAAUAAUAUAUCAAGUACAUCGGGAGCGUGAUGGAACCAGCUUUGCCACCAGAAAAGUGGAGGCAAAGCAGAAAGGCCUUGUUAUGUUCACUUUAAUUGUUUCUUUCCAGAAGGAAGAAUUAGGGUUUGAGCAUCAGGCUGCAAUCAUGCCUGACGUUCCUCCUCCAGAACAGCUCCUGAAUAUGGAGGAGAUACGGGAAAGAAGACUCACUGAUCCACGGUUUCCGAUGCAAUAUAGGAACUCAGCUGCCAAGAAAAAGUUUGUACCUUGGCCCAUUGAAAUGAGGUUCUGCCAAGAUUCUAAAUCUCAACAUGAACCAAGCCUGCAUUAUUGGUUUAGAGCUAGAGGAAAACUUUCGGAUGAUCCAGCUCUGCAUAGAUGUGUUGUAGCAUAUGCUUCGGAUCUACUAUAUUCAGGCGUCAGCCUAAAUCCGCACCGGAAGAGGGGUUUGAAGACAUACUCUCUCAGUCUUGAUCACUCGAUGUGGUUCCACAAGCCUGUGAAAGCUGAUGACUGGUUGUUAUAUGUGAUCGACAGCCCAUCCGCACACGGUGGUAGGGGAUUCGUCACCGGACGUAUGUUCAACCGGCAAGGAGAGCUCAUCGUGUCGCUGACCCAAGAGGCGUUGAUUAGGAGGGCCAAGACACCUGGGCAAACCCCAAGGCCUAAGCUUUGAGAUGUGCAGAAGAGCCGUGCCCGUACUUUAAUAUUUUCUUUUAUCUUAUAGUACACCGAGACAGCUGUGAGAUUUAUGUAUAGGAGUACAGCUUACGGCUUGAAUUUGGCACACAUGCUUAGUGUGAAUGAUUGUAUCCUUGCAUGCUGAUUCACAUUCAGGUUUUCCUCUUAAUAUGUGGAUUGCAAUUGCCAUCCAACAUGCGGCACAUGAAUGUAGACAAAUGUACCUCAAAUUCAAAGUUUUAUUUGUUCCACGCUUAA